AAGUUGUCCUCUUAUUAUCUCGUAGGGGUCAACCACCACCAUCGCCGCCAUCGCCAUCACCAUCGCCGUCCGCCGCCCGUCACCACCGUUACCACCGCCCAAUCCGACUUCGAUCCUUGCCGACGAAAAGAAGCGACGUUACGCCCCGACAGCCUGGCCUUGCCAUUGCAGCAAAUGCCGUGGUAGCACGUACACGCACGGGCAGCAAGUCGAGACGUCCCGGGAGCUCGCAGUGCGCCUACGCCAGGCGAGGAGUGACCAACUCGCCAGCGACUACCCCCCCCCUACUGCUCUCUAAGCCCUGGCGCCAGCCACCAUGGACGGCUACAAUGAGAAGGCUCACUUCGACGACGAGCCCACACCCGGCAGCUUCGUGCGGGCAUUUGAUGCUUUCCCAAAAUCGAAACCCCAAUAUGUGACGCACACGUCGGGCGGCGGGAAAUGGACCAUCGUCAUGUCCGUCAUUUCCUGCUUCUUGCUGUGGUCGGAGCUGGCGCGGUGGUGGCGCGGCGAGGAGUCGCACACCUUCGCGGUAGAGAAGGGCGUCGGGCACGGCCUGCAGAUUAACUUGGAUGUUACCCUCAAGAUGAAAUGCGACGACCUGCACGUCAACGUGCAGGACGCAGCCGGCGAUCACAUCUUUGCCGGCUCGCGCCUCCGAAAGGAACUCACGCACUGGGGGCACUGGGUCGAUUCCCGGGGCAUCCACAGGCUUGGUCACGACCAGCACGGCCGCGCCAUCACCGGCGCCGGCUGGCACGACGAAGAGGGUUUCGGCGAGGAGCACGUCCACGACAUCAUCGCCAUCAGCCGCAAGAAGGCCCGCUGGGCCAAGACCCCCAGGCUCUGGGGCGCUGACGGCGACAGCUGCCGCAUCUACGGGAGCCUAGAGCUCAACAAGGUCCAAGGCGACUUCCACAUCACCGCCCGAGGCCACGGUUAUUCCUCGCCCGGCGAGCACCUAAACCAUAACAGUUUCAACUUCUCCCACGUCAUCUCGGAACUCUCGUUCGGGCCCUACUAUCCGUCGCUCGUGAACCCGCUCGACGGGACCAUCAACAUCGCCGGGGCGCACUUCUACAAGUUCCAAUACUUCAUGUCGAUAGUGCCGACGGUGUACAGCGUCCGCGGGGGCUCGUCGACGAAGCAGACGGUGCUCACGAACCAGUACGCGGUGACGGAGCAGAGCAAGGAGAUCAACGAGCGCAUGGUGCCGGGGCUCUUCUUCAAGUACGACAUCGAGCCCAUCAUGCUGCACGUCGAGGAGCACCGCGACAGCAUCCCCACCUUCGUCAUCAAGGUCGUCAACGUGCUCUCGGGCGUGCUCGUCUCCUGCCACUGGUGCUUCACCCUGACCGAGUGGCUGCGCCAAGUGGUCGGCCGCCGCCGCACGAACCGGAGCGAAGGCGUCAUCGGGGCCAAGGGCGACUACGACGAGUAGAGAGAAAGGGAGAAGUAUACCGGUAGCGAGAGAGAGAGAGAGAGAGAGAG